AUUGCUGCGCUCUAUGUCGGCACAACGCUAUUUUGUUCCCUUGUCGGGAAAAUCGUCGUUACACGAUUCUUCUUCGACUAUCCGGUCGUUAUCCUCAUGCUCCAGAUGGCUACGACUCUGUUCGUAGUGGAAUUGUUGAGGGUGCUAGGAAUUGUGAAGCUAUCGCCAUAUAGCUUCGAAAAAGGACGUCAUUGCUUCCUUCCUUCCAUCCUCUACUGUAUCGCACAAUGGUUAACUGUGGUGGCGUUUGAAGGAAUAGGCCUGCCUGCUUUUGAGUCAGUAAAAAGUUCUAGAUUUGCUCCACUCAUAAUUCUUCUUGGCACAAAUGCCCUCACUCGCCAGGCUCGACUGGAUCAUACCCAGCUGAUCGUGCCUAUUCCAGUGAAUUUUGAACUUUCCUUGGACCAAUAUUCCUUGUUCUAUGGAGUGCUAGCUGCUGUUCUACAGGCUGCUGCCUACAUGCAGUUUGAAUCCCUCUCUCACACUUAUCAGGCUAUGGAAUUGCUUUACAUGCAUUCUUUCAACUCGUUGAUAAUCUUCUUGAUUGCUGAUAUUGUGCAGAAAUUGGCGAGGGGUAUGCCUCAUGAAAUAGUUAAAAUAAAGUUUUUUUUU